AUGUCAGCCCUGAAAGACAAGAGGAAAGAAUAUCUGACCGUGAAGGAUCUGCAGAAGGUUUUGGACUCGUGUAAACUACAUCUGAAUGAAGUUGACGAGGUCUGGCCAAAAAUAUACAUCGGGAAUGUGGCAGUAGCCCAAAACAAGGCUGCCUUGCUGAAGUUAGGUAUAACUCAUGUAUUAAACGCUGCACACUCCAAGCGAGGCAGCAUAGGGAACCAAAGCUUUUAUGGCAACGGCUUUGUGUAUUGUGGCAUUCCAGCAGAUGACUCAACAUACUUUGAUCUGGAUGUUUACUUCCAGCCUGCAGCUGAUUUCAUUCAUAAAGCUCUGAAGUCACCUGAUGGGAAAGUUCUGGUGCACUGCAUCAUGGGAAUGAGCCGCUCAUCGACUUUGGUGUUAGCAUACCUCAUGAUCUACCGUCACCUCCCGCUCAAACACGCUUUGCAGAAAUUGAUCCAGAAGAGAGCCAUCUACCCCAACAGGAAUUUCCUGGCUUUGCUGCUUGAUCUGGAUUUGCAGCUGACGAGAAAAAAGAAAACAUGUGUGAUCCUGUGAUCACAAGAAGUACUAAGUACACUUCUUAGCCACAGGAGCGUGGUUUCUAGGGAUGGUGAUGCCUGUCUGUCUGUUGCUCCUGGUGAAAUAUCCCUACAGCUAAUGGACUGUCGUGAAAUUUGUUUGUUGUUUGUCAAGUUUAAUUAUCCUUUGAGAUUCACACUAAUUUUUCAUGCUAUUAUAACAAGAAAAAAGAAGGGGAAAACUGAACACAUAAUGCAUUUAUAUCAGCCCUCAGAUUUUUAAUAGAUUGUUAAAUAACAUAAUUAAAUAACUUAUGACACUAAUUUAACAUUAACAUUGAUAACUGCUGCAAAGUUGCAGCACAUUUUGCCUUCUUCGUGUUAUGCUUAAUAUUCGCAUGUUACACCAUCUUGCUAAACAUUAGCAUGUUAACAUGGCAUGUAGGCUACACCCAUGUUAACACCCUAACGUACAUAUGCUGAACAUUAGCAAAUUAACAUGUUGUUAGCAUAGUGACAUGCUAUUGUAAAAGUAAAAUUCUAGCAGAAUGUCACCAUCCACUAAGCUUGCUGUUAACAUGCAAGGAAGCAUGAUAGUUGUAGGCAUGUUAACACGCGAGCACAUGUUAGGCUACACCCAUGUAAACACGUUAACAUACACAUGCUAAACAUGAGCAUGAUACAUGGCAAGU